CUACAGUGUGUAGAAGUUAAAGGAAACUGAGUAGCAUCUGCCUUCAUCAUGUCUUCUGACCAAAACAAAAUGACUGUUGCUUCCUGCAAGACCACUAAUGAGGAGCAUCAGAGUGUAGUAAGCAUAGUGACAAGCUUACCAUUGGUCAGCUCAACUUAUGACAAGGUCUCUGAUGCAUACACUGCUACCAAAGAGAACCAUCCAAUCGUCAAGUUGGUAUGUGAUGCUGCAGAGACUGGAGUGAAGACAAUUGCCAUUGCCGCAGCUGGUACCGUGCAACCAAUUUUGACCAAACUUGAACCUCAUGUUGCAGCAGCAGAUGAAUAUGCCCACAAGAGCUUGGACAAGCUUAAGAAGAAACUGCCGAUUCUUCAACAGCCAGCUGCCCAGGUGACCUCAAAUGGUGAGGAGCUAGUUGUUUCCACAGUAACAGAAGCAAAAGAUACAGUCACUGGAAUGAUGGACAUGGCUAAAGAUGCUGUGCAAAGUAGUAUGGAUGCCACAAAAUCUACGGUGGCUAGUGGCAUUGAUAAAAUAAUGGAAUCAAGUGUGGCACACAAAGUUGCAUGUGGUAUUGAUGCACUGCUGGAGAAAUCUGAGGAGCUGGUGGACUACUACCUGCCGAUCACAGAUGAGGAACUAGUGAAGCUUGCAUCAUCACUGGAGGGGUUUGAGAUGGCUUCCAUUGAAGAGCAAAAACAGCAGAAGAGUUGCUACAUGCGUCUGGGUGCUCUUUCAACCAAACUCCACCAUCGUGCCUAUCUGAACACACUGGGCAAGCUGAAACUAUGUGCACAAAGCACCCAGGAAGCCCUGUCUCAGCUUCAGCAAACUAUUGACCUGAUGGAUUGUGUUAAGCAGGCUGUGGACCAGAAGCUUCAAAAUGGCCAUGACAAGAUGAACCAGAUGUGGCUGGCCUGGCUCAAGAAACAGCCAGGAAUGAGUGAGGACAACAUACCUGCACAACCAGAGAUGAUUGAAUCUCAAGCUCUGACUGCAGCCUGCAGAGUUAUCCAGCACUUAAAGGCCACCUCCCUUACCCUAAUGUCCAACAUCCAGGGCUUCCCAGCCAGUAUUUGCAACCAGAUACAACAGAUCAAAGGCAACAUUGAAGACCUGAAUGCUGCUUUCUCCACUGCUACUUCUUUCCAGGAUCUUUCUACCAGUCUCUUCUCCCAGAGCAGAGAGAAAGUGGCUGCCAUACGGCGGUCUCUAGAUGAGCUUCUAGAGUACAUGGUGCAUAACAUACCCCUCACCUGGCUUGUAGGACCCUUUACUCCAGCUGGAGAGCAUGUAGAAGAUGAUGAGGUGAAGGACUAGGCAAAAUCCUUAGUGACUUUCUGGUAAUAAAUUAGGAAGGUCUGGUUCCUUGCAAAGCACAUGAGGAGUGAGUUCUGUACCCUGUAGGAUGUUGAUUGUGGCCUGAAGGGAUAUUGGAAAAGUAGAAAAUCUGCACAAUUCAAUGAGUCUAGAACUCCUUCUUGCCAUGACAUUCACUUGUUCAUGGUUGUGAAAUCACAUGUAGGCUUGGUCACACAUACAACGUUUCUGUAUGCAUCCAAUUCCUGACAAGGGUUAGAUGCAUUUAUAGGGUAGAUCAGAAUGCUUCUGAUGCUGAAAAGGAAACUUUUU